GUCCAGCUUCAUUUGAAUUGAAGUUAAUUAGUUUCCAUAGAAAUUGACUGAAAUGGCAAGCUCAGGCACCAGCACGCAGCCUGGCCGGAUGCAGCAACUGAUAAAGAGUGACCGCCGCAUCUUCACAGCCUCCGACGACAGCGCAAUGAUGAAGCAGAUUCAGGCAACCCACGCUCCGGACGGGCGUGAGGUCGAAGUCAAGCCUAUCCUUUCCAUCAUUGAGGACAUCAUCCAACGGGCCAGGAGCACCAUUGAUGGGGUUAUAAAUGGAACACAAGCACAUGCAGAGCAUGCAUUGGAGGACAAGGGCAGUGUGGCCGAGACUGAAAGCCUUUUAGAAGCAUUGGCCUUUAUUAUAUUUCGAAUUUCUUGCGAGAUGUCUUGCAAGUGCUCGGGCGGGGGAGACGCGCACGCGACAACCAUGGUGCUAUUCAACACUCUUUCUAGCUAUUCAUGGGACGCCAAGGUUGUGUUGGCCCUCGCCGCCUUCGCUGUGAACUUCGGAGAGUUCUGGCUCGUCGCACACCUCUCCACCACCAACCCACUUGCUAGGUCUGUGGCACGCCUCAAGCAGCUGCCGGACAUCCUAGAGCACUCCACCUCCCUCAAGUCCCGUCUCGAUGCGCUUAAUAACCUGGUGCAGGCUACAAUGAAUGUGACCAAAUGCAUUAUCGAGUUCAAGGAGUUACCAUCUCAGUAUAUUUCGCCUGAGAUGCCACCAAUGUCGGUCGCCGUGGCUCAUAUCCCCACUGCUGCCUAUUGGACCAUUCGAAGUAUCGUCGCUUGCGCAUCACAGAUUACAAGCCUCAUUGGCUCGGGGCAUGAGUACAUCACAUCUACUACGGAGACAUGGGAACUUUCAAGCUUGGGUCACAAAGUCAGCAACAUACAUGAUCAUCUCAAAAACCAACUAGCUCUCUGUCAUCAACAUAUAGCUGAGAAAAGACAAGUGGAAGCUUACCAAAUCCUGCUACGCCUCAUUGAAACACCUCAUUUGGAUAACUCAAAGAUCCUCAGGCAAUUGAUUUAUAACAAGGAUGAUUUGCUGCCGCUAGUGGAUGGUUCAAACAAAACAAGGGUCCACGUUGAAGUGCUGAGGAGAAAGAAUGUAGUUCUUCUCAUUUCUGAUCUCGAUCUGUCCUUCGAAGAGCUCACGAUUCUCGAUCAAAUCUACAAGGAAUCAAAGACGAGGACAGAAUUUCAGUACGACAUCGUGUGGCUUCCUGUCGUGGACCGGUCGACGCCAUGGAGCGAAACACAUGAAAAAAAGUUUAGGGAGCAGCAAGCAACAAUGUCUUGGUACACCCUGCACCACCCUACAUUGCUAGAACCAGCAGUGAUCAAAUACAUCAAGGAGGUUUGGCGUUUCUCCAAGAAGCUAAUUCUAGUGGUGUUGGAUCUCCAAGGAAAGGUGGUUUCCCUAAAUGCACUCCAUAUGAUGUGGAUAUGGGGAAACUUAGCUUACCCUUUUACCACCAUGAAGGAGGAAGCCCUUUGGAAGGAGGAAACAUGGAGACUAGAGUUACUAGUGGAUGGCAUUGAUCCCAACAUACCUAAUUGGAUUGAAGAAAAGAAGUUUGUAUGCUUGUAUGGAGGAGAAGACAUGGACUGGAUUCGAAAAUUCACAGCCAUGGCAAAAGAUGUUGCAAAGGAAGCAGGCAUAUCCUUGGAAAUGGUCUAUGUGGGCAAAAGCAACACCAAAGAACGAUUGCGCAAAAUCAUCGCAACUAUCUCCACUGAACAUCUUAGCCACACUUGGCCUGACCUCACAUCCAUUUGGUUCUUCUGGGCGAGGCUUGAAAGUAUGCUAUACUCAAAAAUGAGUCAUGGAAAGGCUAUUGACAAUGAUCUAAUAAUGCAGGAGGUUAUGACCAUGCUCAGCUUUGACGGUAGUGAUCUCGGAUGGGCAGUGAUCAGCGGAGAAUCCGCUGAGAUAACAAAGGCCAAAGGAGACACCCUCUUAACAUGCCUUUCACAAUUUAAUGAGUGGAAGAAAGAUGCGGAGGAGAAAGGUUUUGUGCCUGCACUCAAUGAUCACCUCCACCAUCUUCAUUCCCCUCUUCACUGCAAUCGUCUCAUCUUGCCUGGGAUCGAUGGCAGUAUCUCGGAGAAGGUGAUUUGCGCCGAGUGUGGUCGUCCUAUGGAAAAGUAUUUCAUGUAUCGCUGCUGUAAUGAUUAGUCUCUGAUUAAGUAGUAUGAGAGAGUAGGUGCACCGUGCUCGCACCAAGGGUAUCCAAUAAUCACUAUAUUUAUAACUAUUGUAUGUUUCUUUGCUUUGUGUGUCUAUCUAUUUGCUACGUGAGAUUUGACUGAAGGAGCCUAUAAUAUAAUAUUAUCUUGUCUAGUACUAUGUACUAGUGGUUUUGCCAUUUAUUGCAAGAAAAUUGUUCUAAUAAAAUAUUUUUAGACUUA